AGUUGAACCUUGCAACUUUUACUAUAUAAAAAAUAAUUCCCUUUCUUUGUUUCGCGAAUUAGAAACAAUGAGGAAAAGCUGAAGUCUGCCCAGGCCAGGUGUUUCUUGUUGGCAGCCUGCUCCCUAAUGACUCUGGUUCUCAUACAGCAGCUGCCUGCUAGUCUCUUUUGUAUGGCCUAUUGUUGCUGCACACCCCUCGUUAAUACACAUGCUGCCCGGGGCAGACCCUGAGAAUGACAUCAACUUGCUUCUCUUAGAAAACCUACAAACCUGAUGCAGGGCGGGGAGGCUUUUCCUUGCAUCUGCCUGGCCAACUAAUUGUCAGCCUUUCCUGGCCUCCGAUUGGUUGCUGUCCUGCUCGGUAAUAGGUUAAGCAAAGACAUUGCUAUUCCAUCUGGUCAACCAUUCAUUGUUCUGCUUGCCUGCCUGGAAGUUUGCAGCUGAAAUCGUGUUAAAGAGUUGCUUCUGGACCUGCUGCAAAAAAAAAUUGCCCGUCUCAAUAUCUCUGUACUUUCCAGUUAACGAAUACAGGAUACUUUAUAUCCCGGAAUACAGGAAAACCAACAAAGUGGAGUCAAGUACAUGCAGCAGCUUCAUGGGCUUGAAGGAUCACUUGAGGCAUGACCUAGGCCACCUCUAUGAGGACAGCACUGAGACUCACAUAAGUGCCAUUGCACCUUGGUCAAUGGUAGAGAAACCAACCAUGGAUAAAGUUAACUCCAGGAAGGAGGAUGCUAACAAGGAGACUUCUGAAGAAACUGGAAGCUCCAGUUGUGAUUCUGAGGAGAGCACAAAUUCCGAUAAUGAAUUGGAACGACCAGCUAUAAUUGGACCAGAAUUAUGCUUCUUACCUAAGACUCACAGACCACUGUGCAGGUCUCCUUGCUUAGAACCGCAUAUAUUAAAGCGCAAUGAAAUCUUGCAAGACCUUAAGCUGGAGGAAGCUCAGAUAGUGUCUAAAGAACUUAAGAAACCUCCUGACGUGGUGAAAGAGUAUCAAACCAAACUGGAGUUUGCACUUAAGUUAGGUUAUUCUGAGGAACAGGUUCAACUUGUCCUGAAUAAGCUUGGUACUGAUGCUUUAAUCAAUGAUAUAUUGGGAGAACUUGUCAAACUUGGAAAUAAAACUGAGACGGAUCAGAGUGUAAGUAACAUUAACGCUAGCAUAAUGCGAGAAGCAUCUUCUGUUGAGUCUCAGAGAUCUGACUCCCCUCUUCCGGAAGAUGUGCCAGUGGAUGGUGAUAACCUCAGACCUAUAGUUAUUGAUGGCAGCAAUGUGGCAAUGAGCCAUGGAAACAAAGAAGUAUUCUCUUGUCGGGGGAUCAAACUGGCGGUGGACUGGUUUUUGGAAAGAGGCCACAAAGAUGUCACGGUGUUUGUGCCAGCAUGGAGGAAAGAACAGUCCCGACCGGAUGCUCUCAUCACAGACCAAGAAAUCCUGCGUAAAUUAGAGAAAGAGAAAAUUUUGGUGUUCACCCCGUCCCGCCGUGUUCAGGGGAGAAGGGUGGUGUGCUAUGACGACAGGUUCAUAGUGAAGUUGGCCUUUGAGUCAGAUGGCAUAAUUGUGUCAAACGAUAACUACAGGGAUCUUGCAAAUGAAAAGCCAGAAUGGAAGAAGUUCAUUGAUGAACGGCUGCUGAUGUAUUCAUUUGUCAAUGACAAAUUUAUGCCUCCUGAUGACCCCCUUGGCCGCCAUGGCCCAAGCCUGGAUAAUUUUCUGAGGAAGAAACCUAUUGUACCGGAACAUAAGAAGCAACCAUGUCCAUAUGGGAAGAAAUGCACUUAUGGACACAAAUGCAAAUACUACCACCCGGAAAGAGGAAAUCAGCCUCAGAGGUCAGUAGCAGACGAGCUUCGCGCCAUGUCCAGGAGCACAGCUGCCAAAGCUGCUAGCGAAGGAGGUCUGGUGAAGAGCAACAGUGUCCCUUGCAGCACUAAGAUAGAUAGCACUUCGGAUCUCAAGCGAGCUGCUCCAAAGAGGCAAUCGGAUCCUAGCAUAAGGACUCAGGUCUACCAAGACUUGGAGGAAAAGCUUCCCACCAAAAACAAGUUGGAAACCAGGUCUGUACCUUCCCUAGUUAGUAUACCGAACUCUGCUGCUGCAAAACCCCAAAGUACUGCACCUUUGAGCAAUGGCCUUCCCUCCGGAGUUCAUUUCUCACCUCAGGAUCAAAGAGUGCAGGGGCCGUAUCCUCCAGUGAUGAUGGCAACCAAAAACCAUGGAACGCCAAUGCCUUACGAGCAGUAUCCCAAAUGUGACUCUCCUGUGGACGGCUACUACUCUAUGCUGAACGCAUACUCGAACCUAAGCAUCUCUGGCCCACGAAGUCCCGAAAGGCGUUUCUCUUUGGACACCGAUUACAGGAUUAGCUCCGUAGCUUCCGACUGCAGCAGCGAAGGGAGCACGAGCUGCGGCAGUAGCGAUUCCUACAUGGGCUACAGCGACCGGUCCUACGUGAGCUCUCCCGACCCCCAGCUUGAAGAGAACUUGAAGUGCCAGCAUAUGCACCCCCACGGCCACCUGAACUCGCAGCCCUUCCUGCAGGGCUACCACGAGACGCUGACCAGGGUGCAGAGCUACAGUCACGAAGAACCAAAGCACCACCACAAAUCUCUGCUUCCCUACAUGGCGGUCCACCUCCAGCAUCCCGCCAUUGGCGCUCGGUCCAGUUGCCCCGGGGACUACCCGGCUCCCCAGAGCUCGCCCCGCUCUAAGGGCAUGCAUCUGGGGAGAGCCCUCGUGUCCACCCGAGUAGACAGCAUAUCGGACUCGCGUUUGUACGACAAUUCCCCGCUAAGGCAACGGAAGACGUACUCCGGCCAAGACGGACUUGGCAGCUGGGACAGGCAAGGCUACGGGGUUGAUCCGUACAGCUACCGCCAAACUUACUCCUUGCCCAGCAACCCCAGCCAGCCGUGUUACGAGCAGUUUGCCUUCCAAAGCUUGCCUGAGCAGCAGGACCAGCCUUGGCGGAUCCCUUACUGCGGGAUCCCUCAGGACCCGCCACGGUACCAGGAUAACCGAGAGAAGGUCUACAUCAACCUGUGCAACAUUUUCCCUCCCGAUCUUGUGAGAAUUGUCAUGAAAAGGAACCCUCACAUGACGGACGCUCAGCAACUCGCUGCAGCCAUUUUGGUGGAAAAAUCUCAGCUCGGUUAUUGAGGACUCUGACGAUGAUGCAUCUUUGCGGUGUCUUAAUAGUUCCGUUUCAGCUGUAACGCUGAGGGAGGUUUGCUACAAUAGCAUGUGUGAUCUCCUUCUCAGCAAGGAGGUUAUCUAGUAAUCCAUUUAUGUGAAAUAACUGUGCCAUGGAAUCUGUAUGUGAAACCCCAUGCAUUGGAAAUGACAGGUUUUAAUUUAAAUUCUCACUUGGAUUUUAUUUUAUUUUUAAAGAAUAUUCCAUGACUGGAUAAGAAUCUUUCCAGUUUAAUAUAUUAUUAUAUCUGUGGUCUCUUAAUAUGUUUCUUUGGUGCAUCGGGGGUUUUUAUAUGCAGCACUUUUUCUAACGUCGUUACAUGUUUAUUAAAUUAAUGGGUGCUUUUUAA